AUGGAACGAGUUUCAUUGUCACUGUCAUUCAAGAGAAGGACGUUGGAGAGAGAAGGAGAUUCAUUGUCAUUCUCAUUCAAGAGAAGAACGUUGGAGAGAUCUGAAGGAGAUGGUCAUGGCGCGCGCGUUGUGGAGCUGGAGGAGACGCAGUUGGCGCUGAGCUCAGGCUGGCGGGAUGCAUGCCACUGGAGUCCGCUCCUCCCGCCCGCCAACGCCUCCAUCGACGAGCGGCUCCGGCGGGAGAUCAUCCGAUACGGCGAAUUCGCCCAGGCUUGCUACGACGGCUUCGAAUACAGCGAGGGCUCGGAAUUCUGUGGCGACACAAAGUUCUCCAAGGAGGAGCUCCUCCAGUCCGUGGGACUCCCAAGCACGGGAUACGAAAUCACGGCCUAUCUCUACGCAACAUCGCAGCUGGGCUUGCCCAGCUUCUUCAAGCGCUCCAAUUCCAACGCCCAACCCGGCGACGACUCGUGGACGUCAGACACCAACUGGAUGGGCUUCGUGGCGGUUGCCACAUCGGACGAGGCCAUCCGACGGUUGGGACGCUGCGACUGGCGCGGGACGGUGACGCAGCUCGAGUGGAUCGAGAACCUCAAGGAUCUCCUCCGCCCCACCGGGCUCGACCCCACGGAUCACAACACCAAAGGCGUGAAAGUGGAGACGGGAUUUCUCAGCAUCUACACGUCUCCAGUCCCCGGCGAUCAGGCCGGGAUGAGCGCGAGGCAGCAGCUCCACUCGGAGAUCAAGCGAUUGGUCGGGCUCUACCAGGGCGAGGGUGCCGAGAACGUGAAGACGGACACCGGGACACGCAAUGCCGCAGACCUGGUGCCCAAAGUUCCAGGGGUGAUUGUCAACGAGGACAGCUGUGACAUCAUCUCGCUCAUCUUCCACAGGUUCCCAUGGGCCUACACCCAUGUUGGCACCGAGUUUGAGCUCAGCAGCGACAUCUCUCCGUUUCUGAGGGAAGAUGGUGGCUUGACCGAUCUGCACAACUUGGAGGCCUUGCUUCACCUGGUUGAUGGCUACCAAGGGCCAAGCAAGCCCUUCAGUGUCUCAGGCACCCGGGAUAUCGCGCUGGUGAACAAGAGAUCGGACUAUCUCAAGGCAGAACUUGGAGUUCCAGCGGCCGCAGUGGCAAGCAUCCGCUGCUCCUCCCAAGACCUCCUCUCCUUCGGCCUCGCGCCCAAUGCCUCCUCGGCGCUGUGCUCCAAGCUGGAUUUCGAUAACCAAGGAAACAUUGUUGGCCUCCCUGGAAUUUUCUAA